AUGUCAAACCGCCGAGACCCGCGCGGCCGUUUUGGUGCACCGACAAACGUUCUGAACAAUACUGCACUUGGUGAUAACAAACAAGAAACUUUCAACAUGUCUCGUAUGCCCGCAAGCCGCUCGCCAUCUCAAAAUGUGCCUUACUUAUUGCAAGGAGCGGAGGGAAAUUUGACUUGGAAUGAUGGUGAGACCAUAGAAAAUGCCGCCGGAGCUGCCGCCAUUGGCUUCGCCGCCAUCAACGCACUGGACUGCAUCGCGAAGAACGAGGGCAAGGUUACCAAUAGAGACCUUAAUCUCAUCAAGGAACUCGUCAAUUUCAUUCAACCAGACACCAUGAAUUCCUUCCGCAAGGGGUUCAGAGAGUUGCUGCAACAAGCCACUCCACCUGGAGGACUCUCCAACUCUUUCCUUCCCAAAGACGAGGGAACUCGAUCCCAACCCGUCAAACACGGCUUAUUCCCCAAGGUAGAGGCCGAAAGCCCAAGAAAGCGAUCGCGCCUCUGGGAAGGGCUGAAAGUGGAGGAGGACACUGAAUCGAAAAGCAUGAGAGACCUAAAGGAGCCACUCGUACGCCAACCGACGCCAUUCAACAUGAAGCUGCAUGAUCUGUCGACACCGAGAAGACUCAGGCCCCGCCAUUCUACUACGUCGAUAUAUCCAAGUGGCGGCUAUUACAAAUGA